UUUGAACAAAGCUAAUGUUCUUUAAAUUUAAAUCCUAAACAAAGCUACUUGUGUGUUUAGGACCCUGUGUUUUUUUUUAAAUUUAAAAAUGUCAGCUGUCAUAUCUGUGUCACUGCUUAAUUAUGCCUCCGACUGAGCCUGUAAUUUUAAAUUAUUUUCACAUAAAGUCAUAAAUGUAUCAGAAUUGGAUUCUCCCCAAAGAAAAAAUGCUUACUACCAUCAAGGAGCUUCUGGACGCUCUUGGAUGUAGUUUAGACGCCGACACGGUGCUUGAGUACAUUCAGAACGAUCCUAACUAUGGCAACAGCAAUCUCUCAUCAAAACAAGUGAACGAGUACGCUCAGAGAUUAGCUCUGAAAGCUUCCAAUUCCAAAGCUUUCAUCAAGAAGUAUGAAGAGCUCAAAAAUCGGAACACUGAUAAUCUACCAGAUAUUAUCUUGCUGUUCUACAAACUGGUAUUUGAUGAAAAACGGACUAAAGCUUCGAAGCCAAAAGUUGCACCAAAGCCUAUUCUAGGGGAUAAUAAACACCAAAUCACCAAAGAAGACCUUCCUCAGAUAAAAGACAAGCUACUUAAAGCAGUGGAUGAAAGUAAAAAGUAUGUGAUGAAGUCAUUUGAAGAGAAGGAGGCGCGGCUGCGACCAAACUGGUACAACAGCCUGGACCUACCCAACUGGCAGAAGGACCAUCCCGCCAUGUCAUGGGACUUCCCCAAGGAGCCUGUCGCUCUCACUGCUUCGUUAGCUGGCGUUCCUCUAGCUUCACAGGAGAACAUGAUAAUAGAUGACCUCCUGUAUGUAUUCUCUGGUGUCCCCGGCAACUACAUAGUCCACCAGCCAAUAAAAGACACUUAUGAGCCCAGGAGUUUCAACAUAUCUGAAGACUUAGACGAUGCUUUAAAGCAGAUUGUGCAACAGAUGCUGCCGCUGGCGUCGAAUUAUUCAAUAGUGAGGAGGUUCAUUGAGCACUGUGACAUGUGGUCGGGACAAGUGCUCCAUGCUUUAGUUGCUGCUAUUGAGAUACUGUUGAAAGAUUAUUAUACAAUGCUAGCCCAGCUGGAGACAGAGCACCUGUCGGGCGGUCUGACGCUGCAGAAGCUGUGGUACUUCGUGCUGCCCACCAUGCACACCAUGCAAGUGCUGGCGGCCAUCGUGACGCACAUCGGCCAGAAGGAGCUCCGCGGCGGCAGCGUGUUGACGGCCCUCCACGACAAGACCAACAAACUGCUGGGCGACAUGCGUGCCCAGGAGAUCUCGCUCUUCCUCACUGAGCGGGCCUGCAAGCCCUUCUUCUGCAUCCUGGACCAGUGGAUCCACAAGGGGGUCAUUGUGGACCCCUUCCAGGUCAGUACACUUGUUCACGGCCGUCCACGGCAAGACCAACAAACUGCUGGGCGACACGCGUGCCCAGGAGAUCUCGCUCUUCCUCACUGAGCGAGCCUGCAAGCCCUUCUUCUGCAUCCUGGACCAGUGGAUCCACAAGGGGGUCAUUGUGGACCCCUUCCAGGAGUUCAUGAUAGAGGACAACGAGCUGGUGAACAAGGAGCAGCUGCCGGUGGACUACUCGGCCGACUACUGGGAGAAGCGCUACGGCGUGCAGCGCGAGCGGGUGCCGCGCUUCCUCGACAAGUACUGCGACAUC